AUGUAUUUUGAAGUGCAGGCAGCCUCCCUCCUGUGGUGUCCAGAGGCAGAUGAAGCAGCUGAGCCUGACCUUCGACCUCCCUGGCCACAGAGCGUCCCAACCUCGCCCUCGCCGGUCCUGGCGGCCCCGGAGUCGGGCUGCGACAGCCGCAUGGAGCAGCAACAGGAGAGCUGGAGCUGCUGGAGCAACAGUGGCGUUGUGGGAGGUUACCAGCGCGGCGCUUACAGCCAACACGUCACCAACACUGCUUACAGAGAGGAGAGGGCGGUCUACCAGCAGCAGCAGCUCAGCAGCGCCCCUAGCUGUGAACCGACAGACGACAGCCAAACGCAGCACGACUUUAACACACAAACUGCCUCAAGUGGUUGUAACGGACCAACCAGCUGUGUGAACAAUAGAGCACAUCUGGUCUGUCCGAUGAACACGUCACCGUACGUGGACCCCCACAAGCCAAGCCAGGAGGUCUGGGAGGAGUUCUCCAUGAGCUUCACCCCCGCCGUGCGGGAGGUGGUCGACUUCGCCAAGAGGAUCCCGGGCUUCCGCGACCUCCCCGAGCACGACCAAGUCAGCCUGCUGAAAGCUGGAACUUUUGAGGUGCUGAUGGUCCGAUUCGCCUCUCUGUUCAACGUGGUCGAGCGGACGGUGACCUUUCUGAGCGGCAAACGCUACAGCCUCGACACGCUACGGUUGCUGGGCGCCGGCGAGCUGCUCAACUCCAUGUGUGAGUUCAGCGAGAAACUGGCGGCGCUGCGGCUCGACGCCGAUGAAAUGAGCCUCUUCACCGCCGUAGUGCUCGUCUCAGCCGAUCGCUCAGGGAUCCAGGACCUAAACUCAAUCGAGGCCCUGCAGGACAAACUGAUCCGGGCGCUGCGAAACCUGGUGAUGCAGAACCACGGCGAGGAGUCGGCCACCACCUUCACCAAGCUGCUGCUCAAGCUUCCCGAGCUGCGUUCACUCAACAACAUGCACUCAGAGGAACUGCUCUCCUUCAAAGUUCACCCUUGAAAGCUUCCUAAAAGAGGGUGGGAGGGUUACAUCCGUGCCCGCCACCUUAUCCACACACCUCCACCAGGACCUGCCUCUUACUGUCCCCUCGCCCCCCUCCGUAUUCGACCAACCCAAGUUGUGUGUUUUUGUUUCUAGAAUGUAUUAAAAGUUAUUUUUUAUUCUAUUUUUGUUAAGUCGACCACGUGGAGGUCUUGAAGAGAGAAGAGUUAUAAAACUGUACUGUAUUUAUAGCGGAGAUAGUGAACGCUUGUUGCACACAAACACACGCAAGUGCUCGUGUGUCAGAGGUUUCUUAGGUUGUUUUUGUUUUGUUUUUUGCAAAAGUUGGAGGCACUUUUCUAUUCUGAGAGACAGAAGAUUACUUAAACUGGCUUCAUGAAAUGAUAGAGUUUAAAAAAAGAUAAAAAC